CCCGAGAAACCGAGAUCGGACGUCUACUCCGACGGAAGUUCUCUCUCGAGCUACACCUUCACCGAGACCAAGCCAUGGCCGCCCUGGCCCUGGGCGCCGCCGCCACCUGGCCGGAGGCCAUCGUCCAGUGCCUCCUCUUCAUGCUCGCCGCGGGCAUGCUCGUCGCCCUCCACUCCCUCCCCCGCCGCGUCGCCCACCGUCUCCGCCGCCGCGGCGGCGGCGGCUCCUCCUCCUCGGCCGCCGCGCAGUCGCGCCGCCACUUCGCGCAGGGCGCGCAGCUCCUCGCCCGGGCGCGCGCCGCGGCCGCGGCCGCGGGGCCCAAGCCCAAGCCCCCCGGCCCGCUCGCCCGCGCGGCACUCGCCGAGGCGGACCGCGCCAUCGCCCUCGACCCUCGCGACGCCGCGCCGCUCAUCCUCAAGGGCCUCGCCCUCGACCUCCUGGGCCACCGCAUCCCCGCGCUCCGCGCCCUCGACGCCGCCCUCGCCCCGCCGCUCGCGCGCUCCCUCGAGCCCCGGGAGCGCGGGGACGCCCUCGCCAAGCGCGCCGAGAUCGCGCUCGCGCUCAACCGCCGCCGCCGCCUCGACCAGGCCGCGGCCGACCUCGCGGAGGCCGUCCGCCUCAGCCCCCAGAACGCCCGCGCGCACUCGCUGCUCGGUGAGUGCUACGAGAGGAAGGGCCUGGCCGCCGAGGCCCGGGACGCUUUCAAGACCGCCGCGUCCAUCGACCCGUCGCUCGCCACCGCACGCGACGCUCUCCACCGGACUGACGGGAGCGAUGAUGGCAUCGAGAGUGACUGAUGAACUUGCUGAUGGGUGAAUAUUUCUAACUCCUGUUAUGUCUCUGGGUUCGAUUUAACGGUUGCGUUGGAGACAACAAUGGUAAAUGUGUAAUAUUAUGUGUUCUUUUUGUGGUUGGUUACCUGAAAAGUAUGUUAUUUAUCUCGCUCCGUUGUUGUAUAUUAGUGGACACACAGAUUAAGUAGAAUGGGAAAUACCCAGUUUACAAUUCAGUUGUUGGUAUGCUAGUAUCUAGCAGGAUUUAGUUCAGAUAUGCUAUAUCUGUAAUUUUGGAUUUACUCCCA